UCUUUAAGGGAUCGCCGCGAGUUCCCCCUGACGCCAUAGCAAAGGCGUUGUCCGUUAUAUACGCUUGUAUAUUAUUUACCAAGAAUAGCGAUGAAUGCAUUACGCAGAAAUAACUGCCCAGCGCAUUAGAAGAUUUGUAAAAUCAUUAAAGGGCGAUGCGUUAUGACUGAAGUUCGUAGAGUACACCUGUGCUUAUCGUUAUAUGUGUAUCUUGCCAAAGCUGAUGUGAUCGCGGUUUCACUCAGACACUUUGCGAUCGAGCCCUAUCGCAAUCGAAUUUCCCAGUUGGCUUCCUAGCAACAGCUUGCGCAAGGGAGCCAAUCGCCAUCGCAAAAUUUUAUCCCGAUCGGGCUCGGCUUUCAAAAAUACCCGUGUGACAUUGGUUGCUAAAUGUGGUUAUCCUGGGUAUUUUUUAUAUACAUACAUAUAUAUGCUUUGCUGGCUGCGCACGCAGCCCAAUGCCCGCCACGGGUGAAAUUAGCUGACGUUUGUGACCAAGACUAUCGUGAGCGUCUCGAGCUGAUCGGCUCGAAAUACCGCGCAACAUUUGGCAGUGACCCUGAGUUUUACGUCAGGGCGCCUGGACGGGUUAACCUGAUUGGCGAACACAUUGACUACUGUGGAUAUGCUGUUCUACCAAUGGCAGUCCAACAGGACAUUUUACUGGCCUGCGGACGCAACAACACGACAUUGUUGCAGUUGACCAAUAUUGACAGCCGUUACCCAAGCUACUCAGCACCCAUGGACGGUCUAAAGAUUGAUGAUGUUCAACCCUGCUGGCAUCACUAUUUUAUGUGUGGAGUCAAAGGAGCUGUAGAAGACGCAGGAGCUUGUGAACUAGGUGUCCCUCUGCCUGGCUUGGACGUCAUGGUUCAUGGCACUGUUCCACCGUCUGCGGGUUUGUCAAGCUCAAGUGCAUUGGUCUGCGCUGCUGCACUUGCUACACUACAGGCGAACAAGGCUGCUGCUGUACCAAAGAUGAAGCUGGCAUCAUUGUGUGCUGCAUCAGAAAGGUAUAUUGGCACCCAGGGAGGAGGAAUGGACCAGGCCAUUGCAUUCCUUGCUGAACCAGGAACUGCCAAGCUCAUUGAGUUUAACCCGCUGAGAACCACAAGCAUAACUUUACCCGAGGGAGCAACAUUUGUAGUUGCCAACAGCCUUGUGGAAAUGAACAAAGCAGCAACAUCGGAUUUCAACAUCCGUGUUGUGGAAUGCCUCAUCGCUGCACAGGUGAUUGCUAACGCUCGGGGUCUAGAGCUGAGGAAGCAACUCAAGCUCGGAGAACUCCAGUCGCUGUUACAGGUUCCCUUGCACGAAAUGGGAACCUUGGUCAAGAACAUUUUGCAUCCAGCUGUCUACACAAGGGAUGAACUUUGUACACUCUUUGGUAUGGAUGACGCUCAGUUUGAGAAGUGCUUCCUUGGAAAGAACACAAAGCACCUGCAAGAGUUUAAGCUGUACCAACGAGCUGUUCAUGUGUACGAAGAAGCAAGCCGAGUAUGGCAGUUCAAGGAUGUAUGCGAAGGAAGUCAUCAGUCCUUGUCGCAGUCAGAGCAGCUCUCCAAGCUCGGACAACUGAUGAAUGAUAGUCACACAAGCUGCCGCGAUCUCUAUGAAUGCAGCCACCCGGACCUUGAUCUUCUGGUAGAGAUUUCGCUACAGGCAGGCGCACUGGGCUCCCGCCUCACUGGCGCAGGGUGGGGAGGCUGUAGCAUUUCCCUGGUGCCUACGGACAAGCUGGAGGCCUUCUUGAAGGAAGUUGGCACCAAGUUUUACGGGAAGUUUGGUGACAGCGCGGCAAAAGAUACGGCCAUGUUCGUCACCAAGCCUGGCAGCGGUGCUGCCAUUUUUGUACCCUAGUCACACAUGCCGUAAUACCAAUGGUUGUGAACACGUCUGUGCUGAAGACUCUGGCAAAUCGACAGCUUGAUUUUCUGGCUCAAGGGAAAGACCUCUCCCCAGUUGGAAGAUUUGUCUAAAGGCUGUGGGACCAGCAAAAGAAAAAGCCAAAAUGAAUAAACACCUGUCGUUUUCCUUUCCCACCGUAA